AUGACCACCAUCCACAAAGACAUCCCCGAGACGCAAAUCGCCGCGCUCCUUGGCCCCAACGAGCGGUCGCUGACGACCAUCCCCGUGGGCAAGCCUGGGCCUAACGAGGUACUGAUUGAGAAUGUCGCGGUGGCGGCAAAUCCGAAGGACUGGAAGGCGGCGGAGAUGAUGUACGCCCCGGGCGAGAAGUUCGUGGAGGGCAAUGAUGUGGCGGGCACGAUAGUCGCAGUCGGAGAGGGCGUGUCUGAGUACAAAUACGGUGCCUACCAGCAAUACACGGUAGCGCCGGCGAGCACGACAUUCCCCAUCCCUAACAUCACGCCUUACGAAGAGGCAGCCACGCUGCCGCUUGCGGUGAUGACCGCCGCCAUUGCAUUCUUCGUGCGCCUUGGUAUCCCUGCGCCCGAUACCGCGGCAGCUGCAACCAACCUUCGCAAGGCCGUCAUCAUCUACGGAGCAUCGACCUCGGUCGGCGCAUAUGCGGUUCAGCUGGCCAAGAAAGCUGGCCUUUUCGUGGUCGGGAUUGCUGGCGCAUCGAAGGACUAUGCGAAGGAACUUGGUGCGGACGUGGUUGUCGAUUACAGCGAAUACCAGGGCGAACAGCUCAUCGACGCGCUUGUCUCCGCCGUCGCCGACCACCCUACGCCCUGGGCGUUAGACGCCAUUCAGGGAGACGACAGCGCGCUCAUCCUCGCCCGCGCCCUCGCCAAGAUUCGCCAGAGCGACGACGUUCCGGCGCACGUCGCUACCGUCUUCCCCGUCCUUCCAGAGGCGCAGCGCAGUCUCUUCCCGUCGAACGUGACGUGCGCGGAGACAUAUGUGGGCACCGCGUACGGAGAGGAUGAGCAGUUCGCUGCCACCUUCUAUCGCAAGAUCUCCCACUGGCUCUCCGAGGGAUCCUUUAAGUGCAAUAGGCCCAAGAUUAUGCCAGGCGGACUCGCGGACGUCUUCAAGGGCAUUGACCUGCUUAAGAACGGAGAGGUUCACGGCGAGAAGCUCGUGUAUCGCAUUGCGGAUACGCCAGGAAUCAAGGCGUAA